AUGGCCGAUACAUCAAUCAAGCUCGUCACCGUCAACACCGCGCCGGAGCGUGCGAAGCGGCUGAUUGGCCGAGUCGUCGAGGACGUGAAGGACAAGUUCACCAUCGUGCACGUUGCCAACGUCGAAAGAAUUGAGGACGUACGAGCGACUGUAGAAAGAGAGCAGCCCAACUUGCUGUUCACCGCCUCGAUGUGGACCGCCGAACAAGCGCAGGAGAUCGUCAUAAUUGCCAAGGAUGUAGUGCCCGACAUUAAGACGUUCAACAUCCCCUUUGGCUUGCAAGUGGAGAAGGGGCCCGAUGCCGUAGUGGAGUAUAUCAAAGAGCACCUGCCGGAGAUUCUGGAUGCCGAGUCGUGA